CACACACACAAGUUUUUAGGUACGAAAACAGCGGUGGCGUCUCCCUGGGGUCAGGUCAGGUCCGGUCUAGCUCGGCGUAGCGGUACCUCGAAGGCUCAACGACACAGAAAAGAGAGACAGAGAUAGAUACAGAAAAACUUCGCCCUAUAUCUAUCAUCUCAUCUCAUCACUUCUCCUCUCUCUGGAUUCUGUAUUCCUUCAAGACUCCAUCUGCUUACCCUAGCUCUCUCCCUCCCCCCCCCCCCCCCCCCCCCCCCCCACCCCCUCUUCUCUCUCUCUCUCUAAACCGUCAUCUGGUUCAUUCCUUACUCACAGAUCCGCCCCUUCCUCUCUCUCGUUCUGACAUUGGUGCGAUAUACAUGCCAAGGGGAAAAUGGCAGUUGAGGCUUGUGUGACACCGAAAAUGAUGAAUGACAUUGAUGACGAUGAUGAUGAGAUGCCCUUAGUUUUCAAGCGCAGUAACACUGCAUCAAAGCAAAGUUUGUUGAACUCAGCAACAAAGAAGCCAUCGUCUCAAAAGCAUGAUGGAACAUCAGGGAAGCACGUCUCUGAAAUGCGUUCUCCUAACGGUCAGAACUCCAUUUCCCAGAAGGGUAAGGCAGUUCCAUCCACAAAGCCAUCCCCAGUGAAAUCUCCUUCAGCAAGUCCGAAAGCCCCAACUACUAAUGCCAAGGCAUCAUUGAUACGGACGCCAGUUCAAAAUUCAAAAACGUCAACUUCAGUUGCUGAUCAUUCAAAACGGGCAUCUCAACAUAAUCCCACUGCUUCUAUUAAGGAGGAAAAGCCUUCUGAACCAUGUAGUGAUUCGGAGGAUUCGGAAGAUGAUAAACCACUGAGUUUUAGACUCACUACUGGACUACCGAAGGGAAACUCCAACAAUGCUGACAGAAAGCCAAACAAUUCUAGUGUGGUCUCACCAUCAUUUCAAAAAGUCAAACAUGAAGACUUGGACGAUGAAAUGCCUUUGUCAUCAAGGUUCCAGAUGAAGUCGGUUGCCGGACCAUCUACAAGCAAGUCCUCUGGUUAUGAUGAUAAUAAACCAAUCGCACCAAAAAUUCAGCAAAAUGGCUCUACAGUCAAAGCUAACCAACUUAAAAAAUCUUCCCCAGCUCUGAAUAAGAGACCUCUUGGUGACGUCAAAUCUUCGAGUCAAUCUUCUAUUAAAAGGCCAAAGCUUUCUGAGGGAUUCUCGCCAAAUGUCAGUAAGAAUGUAAGUAUGAAAGUAGAAUCGAAGGCUGACGAUGAAGAUGAUGAUAAUAUUCCUAUUUCUCAGAGAUUGAAGAAGCCAGCUGCUUCAGGUAAUAAAUCAUCUUCCACUAAACAAAAAGUUAGCAAAGUUGUUUCAUCUUCAUCAUUCAAGAAAACAAGCAAGAAGGCCAAGAAAGGUGUGAAGGAUUCAAAAUACUCUAAGUCGUCAACGGUUUCCCCUGGAUCUGGUGAAGGGCAGAAGUGGACUACUUUGGUUCACAAUGGUGUUAUUUUCCCGCCUCCAUACAAGCCUCACGGGGUUAAGAUGCUUUACAAGGGGCAGCCCGUUAAUUUGACUCCUGAACAAGAGGAGGUGGCAACAAUGUGUGCAGUGAUGUUAGAUACUGAGUAUAUGACCAAAGAUGACUUCAAAAUAAAUUUUAUGAAUGAUUGGAAGAAAAUUCUUGGGAGAAACCAUGUAAUUCAGAGAUUGGAAGAUUGUGAUUUUACCCCAAUAUAUGAAUGGCAUCAGAAGGAAAAGGAGAAGAAGAAGCAAAUGAGCACAGAAGAGAAGAAGGCCUUGAAAGAAGAGAAACUGAAACUAGAAGAGAAGUACAUGUGGGCUGUUGUUGAUGGUGUCAAAGAGAAGGUUGGAAACUUUAGAGUUGAGCCACCUGGGCUGUUCCGAGGCCGCGGAGAUCAUCCAAAGAUGGGAAAGCUGAAAAAACGCAUUCGGCCUCGUGACAUUACUAUAAAUAUUGGAAAGAACGCCCCAAUUCCAGAAUGUCCUAUUCCUGGUGAAAGCUGGAAAGAAGUACGGCAUGACAAUACAGUUACAUGGCUAGCUUAUUGGCAUGAUCCAAUCAAUCUCAAAGAAUUCAAAUACGUGUUCUUGGCACCUAGCAGUUCCUUGAAAGGUCUGAGUGACAAGGAGAAAUAUGAGAAAGCGAGGCUGUUGAAGGAUUACAUAGAAGGCAUCAGAACAGCUUAUAAGAAAGAUUUUACAAGUAAGGACAUCACAAAGCGGCAAAUAGCGGUUGCUACCUAUCUUAUUGAUCGUCUAGCUCUCAGGGCAGGUAAUGAGAAGGAUGAUGAUGAAGCCGAUACCGUUGGUUGCUGCACAUUGAAAGUAGAAAAUGUAGAACCAGUACCUCCCAGUCAUUUGAAGUUUGACUUCCUUGGAAAAGAUUCAAUUAGAUACCAAAAUUUGGUCGAGGUUGAAACUCCUGUGUUCAAGGCGAUUCAGCAGUUCCGAACUGGAAAAGAUGGUACUGAUGAUCUUUUUGACAAGCUGGAUACCAGUAAACUGAAUGCUCAUUUGAAGGAGCUCAUGCCUGGCCUCACUGCAAAAGUCUUCCGUACAUAUAAUGCAUCUAUCACUUUGGAUAAGCAGUUGAGUGAUGGAACUAGGGGUGGAGAUGUUACUGAGAAAGUUGUGGUUUAUCAGCAUGCAAACAAGGAGGUUGCGAUUAUUUGUAAUCAUCAACGUACUGUCUCAAAGUCCCAUUCUGCACAAAUGACGAAGUUGAAUGAAAAGAUUGAAGAAUUAAAGGGCCUCCUAGAUGGGCUUAAAAAGGAUUUGGCGCUAGCAAAGAAAGGGAAGCCCCCGCUGAAGGGUGCUGAUGGGAAGCCAAAGAAGAACCUGAACCCUGAAGCGUGGGAAAGGAAGAUUGCUCAAACCACUGCAAGGAUAGAGAAAAUGGAGAGGGAUAAGGAGACCAAAGAAGAUUUGAAAACAGUUGCAUUGGGUACGUCAAAGAUCAACUACCUUGAUCCUAGGAUCUCAGUCGCUUGGUGCAAGCGGCAUGAAGUUCCAAUCGAGAAGAUUUUCAACAAGUCUCUUCUGGCAAAGUUUGCUUGGGCAAUGGAUGUUGAUCCCAGCUUCAGAUUCUGAGGUCUUAGGAGAGUCGUGCCCCCCUUCCUUCCCCAUAUCCUUCUCACUUGAAAAUAUUCAGAGAUUUUCACUUUACCGUUUACAGGAAGUCCAUGUUGAAUUCAGCAUCUUCAUCGCAUUAUGGGGUGAGUUAUCCCCUUUUCUUUUUUUUUUCCUUUUUCCUUUUCUGUUCUUUUUUCGGUCUAUCAGCGGUGCUAAGCGGCAGCAGCGACAAGAAUUGUAUGCCGAGACUUUUAGUUGUUCCAAACUUGUAUUACUGACAUUUUUAAUGUUAUGAAGACAGUUCUUGAAUUUUGAAGACAGGAGAUUUAUUCUUCUUAUUCUUUUUCUCUUUGUGAAUAUCUUAAAAGGAGAUGUUGAGAGUUUUAUAUACUUUAUUUAUUGAGCUUAUUAUUAGGAUUA